AUGGUGGGCGAGAAGGUUCUUCUAACAGUGUCUCCUAUGAAUGGCGUGAUGCAUUUUGGGAAGAAGGUAAAGUUGAGCGCGAGGUUUAUUGGGCCAUUUGAGAUCUUUGAGAGGGCUGGGGAGGUUGCUUACAGGCUUGCAUUCCUUCCUAGCCUAUCAGGGGUACAUUUGGCAUUUCAUGUUUCUAUGCUUUGGAAGUACCAUGAGGACAACUCGCAUGUUUAUGACUUCAGUACGGUUCAACUUGAUGAGAAUUUGGCCUACGAGGAGGAGCCGGUGGCUAUUCUUGCCCGAGAGGUUCGAAUGUAG